AUGCUUCUCCAGCCCACCAUCCCAAAACCUCCUCCAAAUUAUCCCAAACAGAAUCACUGCAAUGUUAACGCUUCAAAUGCGCUGUCAUUCUCAUCCGGGCUCCUUCAAAAUUCGACCUUUUUUCUGAAAAAAUCCAUCUUAUACACCGGCUAUAAAACCCAUGAGGAAAACGCAGUAUUUGUUACUUGUUCAUCGACACCGCGGGUUAACAGCCGCGGAACAGUUGACUACGAGAGGAGGCCCUUGCUGAAUGGGGGGGAUAUUUACAAGAAAUUAUUUAUGCUGAAAAACUCGGAUUCUGGGGCUGCUGCAGUGUUGAGUCGGAUUGAAAAUGAGGGGAAUAAAAUAACAAAAUGGGAGCUUUCCAAAGCUGUGAAGGAGCUCAGGAAGUUAAAGCGGUUCAAACUCGCGCUUGAGCUUCUUAUUGAAGUCCUUGCUAAGCGUGGGUAUGAUGAGCUAGGUUGGAACUGA